AAAAAAAAAAUAACGAUAAAUUUCCUCCAUAUUAAAGAUUUUAUCUUGUAUCCUGCAAGAGGAGGAAAUUGGCAAAAUGUAUUUUUCUCGGAAGGUAGAGUCGUCUCGCUUCAAUCGGUCAUACAUCGAGCGAUGGAUGGUUAAUAUCAUAAGGUGGAGUUGUGGCUGAGCGAAUUAUAAGUUGAGAUCAAUCGGACUGUAAUGCGCGUUUUGACACGGUAGAGAUAAGGUGCACAGGCGCAUAGGAGAUCAACGAAAUAAACGUUAGCCACCAGACCGUAGUUCGAAUGUUGCACCUGACAAGAAACGAGGUCCGCGGCUUCUAUAUAAUUUGCGCACAAUAUCUAUACAAUGUCGCUGCAGUUUACGUUUCCAGACAGAAUGCGACAUUUAUCAUGCCAUCUUAUACUCUUGUGCGGUAUCUCCAUGGUGUUCUCCACGAGUGAGGCCGAUAUAACGAAACAUCCCAACUGGAUGCUGCUGGAACACACAAAAUGCGGAAAUUCCAACAGCGAUCGUAUUAUCGGUGGCAAGAAUGCAAGCCUCGGCGCGUAUCCUUGGAUUGCGAGAAUUGGUUACAGCGGUCCUAGCACAGGCGGCGGAUUAUCCUACAGGUGCGGCGGCAGUUUAAUCAAUCAACUGUAUGUAGUCACGGCCGCCCACUGCGUAACGAAUCUGCCCGACAGUUUCAAGGUCGGUGGGAUUCGUUUGGGUGAGCACAAUACUCUGAUUGAUCCCGAUUGUGAGGACAACUAUUGCGCAAAACCGGUGCAAGAUUUUCUGCCAGAAUCGAUAAUCAUCCAUGAAAAUUACGACAAGCCGCCAUAUAGGAACGAUAUAGCUAUUAUACGGCUGGAAAAACCGGCGAUUUAUAACGAUCACGUGAGGCCGAUAUGCAUAAUGAGCGGCCAACUCCUGGAGAAGGACUUUGUCGGCGAGAUGGCGGAAGUCGCUGGUUGGGGGAUAUACGAUAUCAACGACCCGAAGCCCAGCACGAUCCUGCAGACGGUCAAGCUGCCGAUCGUCGACACGAACAGAUGUAAGGUGUCCUUCAGGGAUUACGCGAGCAUUGGCGACAAGCAGAUGUGCGUAGGUGGUGUCCUGGGGCAAGACUCCUGCGGCGGCGACAGCGGCGGACCCCUGAUGAAAGUGCAGAGCCAAGACGGGCCGCCGAGAUACUACUUCAUCGGCGUCGUCUCCUUCGGCGCGAAGAACUGCGGCGGCUCCUUGACGCCCGCGGUCUACAGCAAGAUCGCCAAGUACAGCACAUGGAUUUUGGACCACAUCUCCGCACGUCCUGAUCUCCAGUUGACUAUUCCUGCCCGCAAAGUAGAAUCAUUAGCAUCGGAGAUGUCUCGUUCGACCUUCUUGAUGAUCUCCAAGUUUCUAGCGCUGUUAGUCGUCUGUAUUGAUGCGCAAUACCAGUCAAACCGGCAAAUGAACUGCAACGUUGAUGGCCAACGUGGUACAUGCAUAGCUGUGCGUAAUUGUCAGAUGGUAGCCACCAUCUUGCAGCAAUCUCGCGACCAAGCUAUCUCCUAUCUAAGACAAAACCACUGCGGUUUUGAGGGUUCGGAUCCGUUGGUAUGCUGCCUUGUCGGUGGUAAUUCGAAUGUCAACACCCGUCCGGGCGGAGUCCAGACGAACCCUGGUACCACAGGUACAAACCCGGAAGCUACUACUUCAUCGCAGAACGACGACGGAAACGAUCCCGUAUACAACCUGGCCAACAACCCUCUUCUACCGAACGUCUGCGGCCGCGACUUGUCGCAGAAAAUCUUCGGCGGCGAGCGCACCGACCUUGACGAGUUCCCGUGGAUGGCGCUCUUGGAAUACCAAAAACCUAACGGCAGGACGACGGCGUGUGGCGGUGUGCUGAUCAGCAAGCGUUACAUCCUCACCGCUGCCCACUGUAUCAAGGGCAAAGACCUGCCGCCCACUUGGAGAUUGACCAGCGUUCGUCUCGGGGAGUACAACACCGAAACCGAGCAAGACUGCGUGAGGGACGGCGAGAAUUCCAUGAUCUGCUCCGACGAUCCCAUCUCCGUAGGUGUCGAAGAGCAGAUCGCCCAUGAACAAUACAAACCGUUGUCCAGGGACCAGCGCAACGACAUCGCGCUGCUGCGUCUCAGCCGCGACGUGCAGUUCACUAGGUUCAUCAAGCCCAUCUGCCUACCGUCCAACUCGUCUCUUGGUAACAAAUUCUACGUGGCUGGAUGGGGCAAAACGGAGACCCGCUCGGCUUCCGAUGUCAAGCUUAAGCUGUCGUUGCCAUUGACGAACAAAGAACAAUGCGAACAGACUUACAGCGCCGCUGGCGUCAGGUUGGGCUUAGGGCAGAUUUGUGCGGGCGGUCAACGAGGCAAGGACUCGUGCAGAGGUGACUCGGGUGGUCCCUUGAUGGCCAUCGAGAGAAUCGCCGACGGGACUGGAAGGUGGACCGCUAUAGGUGUAGUAUCCUUCGGUCCGUCGCCUUGCGGCAUGGAGGGCUGGCCCGGUGUAUACAGCAAAGUCUCAGACUUCGUUCCCUGGAUUCUUAAUAACAUAAGAGCGUUCUGCUCAUCGCAACCGAUUCACGAUCGCCACAAAGAUUUCCCCUACUACUUUACGAGAUCCGACGAUUUAUUUGGCUCAGCAGGUAGUGGAGGGACUAGUCGGUUGCUGGCCAACUUGCAGACCACUGAUCAGCACUGGAUAAGCUCGCGACGAAGAAAGAUAAAGGGAAAAAUAAAGAAGAAGAAGAAAAAGAAGAAGAGAAACUCUACGCGAGAGGCAUAUUCGGGAGAUUGGCAGAAAGCUGUGCUUUUCCGACCAGAAACAAUGAUAUUCACCGAUCUGUUCUUUCUGUUCCUUGUCCUGACGACGAUCAGUGCGCAGAACAAGUGCGUAGAUAGGCGCGCCGAAUGCAUCAAUAUCCGCAACUGCCCGCCCUUGAUUGAAAUUCUCAGAGGUCCGAAACCACUAUCGCAGGAAGCGAUAGAAAGUCUCAGGAACUCGCAAUGUGGCUUCGAAGGAAAGGAUCCGAUGGUCUGCUGUAUAAAUCAGACACCAACACCGACACCGACGCCGACGCCGCUGCCGCCGGUAACACCAAACACGCAGACCGGGAGCGUUCCUGAUCCUCCGAAUGUGACAAAUCACCCGAAUUUGCGUCUUCUAGAGCAUCAGACUUGCGGACCUAUAACUCAGCAGAGAGUAAUCGGCGGCAACAAAACGAGCAUCAACGAAUAUCCGUGGAUGGCACUUAUCGCGUACAACACCGGAAGAGGGACAGAGUUCCGUUGCGGCGGCACGAUUAUUUCCUCACGGUACAUCCUCACAGCUGCCCAUUGCGUCACAACUCUACCCAGAGAUCUCACACUGAUAGGAGUCAGAGUAGGUGAUCAUGACAUAAGCAAGGAGCGUGAUUGCGACACGGACGAGAACGGACUCGAGAUCCAGUGUGCCGAGAAGUAUCAAGAUUUUGGUAUUGAGAGCGUCCACUUCCAUCCGGAAUACAUGAGAGCGAAGUUGCAAAAUGAUGUUGCGCUCAUCAGGCUGAACAGCACUGUGGAUUUCAGGCCCAGCAAUGUCAAGCCCAUUUGUUUGCCAUUCGGCACUGCGACCAGACUAUCCCAGAAAAGGGCUAUAGUGACAGGCUGGGGCGCAACGGAAUUGGGCCCGCGUAGUCAGGAUCUCCUGCAAGCGAAAUUGCCGGUGAUAACCAACGAGCAAUGCGCUGAGGUCUACAAGAAUACCGUGGAGAUUUGGUACAAGCAAAUCUGUGCUGGCGGUUUAAACAUGGUAGACUCUUGCAUGGGCGAUAGCGGAGGGCCCCUUCAAGCGCCUGCUAUAUACAAUGGUCCGAAUGUGCGCAACAAGGUGCGCAUCGUUCAGUACGGCGUGGUCAGCUAUGGUCUGAAGAAUUGCGGCACCGCUGGCUUCCCUGGAGUGUAUACUAGAAUUAGCUACUACAUGGACUGGAUCCUGAACAUCAUGAGAGACUAGAGCAUAUACUUCGUUACUUUAUUCGUGAAAGAAUCUCAUAACGCGCGUUCUUAACGAACGUUAAUUACGGGCUGCAAUAAAGACUCGAAUCUACAUGGAGUUUAAUAGAGUCGACAGACAACAUUAAUAUCGAAAGAUUUCGCAAAAGUAGUCUCAAUGACCGAUUAAACUCAAUGUCUAGAAAGGUGUAAUUUAUUAGCUCUAAACGUUCGAAAAGAUGCUCUUGAUAAUUAAUUAUUCUACCUUUUAUUUUCAUUUUUUAGACUGAAAUGUCCUUUUAUCAGUGUCUUACCUCAUUAUAUAUUAUAUAAGACACAGCGAUUUUUCGCGCCAUCUGACUAUAAUUAGUUUAAAUUGCUUCGUUUUAUCUUGUUUGUAAUAAACAAGUCUCGUUAUGGACAAAAAGAAAAUAGAUACAGAGAGAGAGAGAGAGAGAGAGAGAGAAUGUGUAUGUAUUAUCUACUUGGUAGAGUGCAAAGAUAUUUUAUUCUUAUGCUAAUUCAAUGCGUAAAUUACGAUUAAUGUAUGACAUAUUAUUUUAUAUGUACGCUUCAUUAUAUUAUAUUGAAUU